UGUUCAUCGAUCGAAAUCAACAUUGAAGAAAGUCUUUACAAAAGAGGGGCAAAAAAAUUGCCAAGGGAGGGGUUUGGCCAAACUGAUAAAAAGGGAAGGAAGACUCGAUUGGGUGACGUUUUUUGUGCAUCUGCGGAAAGAAGAACAAUUGUGAAGUGAAAAUUUUUUUUUAUACCUCCUUUUUUUUAGUACUUUUUCAUCAUGGAGGCGAUACCAAUGACAAAUACGUUUUUCCCGACGGCGAUUUUUUAUCCGUUGUUGAUUCUCGUCACUGUUUUGACUGCGGUUUAUUAUUAUAUCGAAACUUCGAGAAUUGUGAGACUUGGAAACAAACUUCCUGGGCCACCCACUGUUCCCUUUUUUGGAAACGCUUUGUUGGCAGUGAGAGUGCAGCCUAAAGACAUUUUGCAAAAAGCACUUGAAUACGAUUAUUACGGAAAUGUGGUUCGAGCUUUUUUGGGUCCAAAACUAGUGGUCUUUAUCAUGGAUCCUCGAGAUAUUGAGAUUAUCCUGAGCAGUCAUGUUCACAUCGAUAAAUCACCCGAAUAUAGGUUUUUCAAACCCUGGUUGGGUGAGGGUCUUCUGAUAAGUACUGGAGAAAAAUGGAGAACUCACAGGAAAAUUAUUGCCCCCACUUUUCACCUAAAUGUGCUAAAAUCUUUUGUCCCUCUAUUUUAUGAAAAUAGCAGAGAUCUCGUUUUGAGGCUCAAAAAAGAAGUUGGCAAAGAAUUUGAUUGCCAUGAUUAUAUGUCUGCUAUCACGGUCGAUAUUUUAAUGGAAACUGCAAUGGGCCUCCGAGGAGCAGAAAAAGAAAAAACUGGUUUUGAUUAUGCCAUGGCUGUUAUGAAAAUGUGCGACAUUAUUCAUCGAAGACAGUACGACAUCCUGUUAAGAAUCGAUGCACUCUUCCAAUUUACAAAUUUUGCAAAACAGCAGGGAAAACUUUUGGAUACCAUUCACACUCUCACGUCUCGAGUCAUUAAAAAAAGGAAAGCUGAAUUUUUAGCGAGAGGCGAGAUUUCUGCAGUCGAGAAGGAAAAACGAAAGGAGGAAUUAAAAAAAAUGAUCCAAAAUGCAAGAUCUGAAAAGAACAAGAAGAAUAAUGCUAACAUCCACUAUGUAAGGGAUGAUCUUGACGAAAUUGACGAAAAUGACGUUGGUGAAAAAAGAAGACUUGCUUUCCUAGACCUUUUGUUGGAAUUGGCAAGAGAUGGUGCAAAACUGUCUGACGAAGAAAUUAAAGAGGAAGUUGACACGAUUAUGUUUGAGGGACAUGAUACGACAGCUGCAGGGUCCAGUUUUGUGCUUUGUGUCUUGGGAACUCACCAAGAUAUCCAAGCUCGUGUUUAUGAAGAGCUGGAUGAGAUUUUUAAGGGUUCAGAUAGGCCUUGCACUUUCCAAGACACUUUGGAAAUGAAAUAUUUGGAAAGAGUGAUUUUGGAAACUCUCAGAAUGUUCCCUCCAGUUCCUGCCAUUGCCAGGCAAAUUAAUGAGGACGUGAGAUUAGUUUCUGGAGACUAUGUUCUUCCUGAGGGAUGCACAGUUAUUAUUCCACCCUUCAAAGUUCAUCGAUUGGAUGAAUACUACCCCAAUCCGGAAGUUUUUGAUCCUGACAAUUUCCUGCCUGAAAAAAUGCAAAAUAGGCAUUAUUAUUCAUACAUUCCAUUCAGUGCUGGACCGAGAUCCUGUGUGGGAAGAAAAUAUGCCAUGCUGAAGUUGAAAGUGUUAAUCUCGACGGUUUUGAGAAACUACAAAAUCCUUUCGAACUUGACAGAAAAGGACUUCAAAUUGCAGGUUGACAUCAUCCUAAAAAGGUCUGAUGGCUUUAGAAUAAAACUCGAACCUCGAAUCAAAAGUUAAUCUUUGAAAUAAUUGUUACAAUAAAGUUGCACUUUUCAAUGCAUGAGAAAAGAAAACAAACUUGAAAAAAAAUUCAUAAAUUUUUAACA